UGGAACCCUUGUUAGGUAUUCCCAAGAGAUAUAUCUGAGGAUCUCCAAAGAGCAUCAAUCUACUGUCAGUUUCACAGUUUUUUUUGGUCAGAAAAUCGUUGAAAACGUAGAUAUGCCGUGGUGUGAAGGUGUACACUAUGCAGGAGUACGAAGGUAACAGUACACAGAAAGAGGACUUGGCGUUGGACGCACGGUUUCUUGCCCUACAACAGCGAGCUGUAACGUUUAUACCGGAAAGAUUCCUGUUUCAACGCUCGAUCGAUAUACAAAAACACUUCUCGGUCGGUUGGUUGCAGCUGAGAGACCGACACGUUGGCAUCGGGACCCGGGCUGCGCCUGGAAGGUUUUCACAGAUAUCCUGGAGUCUUCUGUAGUCUUUGAAUACUCAGAAAACAGCCACCAAGUGAACGUCACGCCAGCUGCAGGAGUGGACAAUGGUUUCGCUGAAGUACCUGUCCCUGGGGGUGCUGAUUCUCCAGACGACGUCGCUGGUCCUGACCAUGCGGUACUCGCGGACCGCCGAGACGAGGGGACCACGGUACCUGUCAUCUACCGCGGUGGUGGUGGCUGAAGUCAUGAAGAUAGCUGCCUGUGUGGUGCUGGUCUUCUUUGAACAGGGUAUGAGUAUAUCUCGCCUGGGGUCUACCUUACGUCAGGAGCUGGUGGGAAAACCCCUGGAGACCCUCAAACUGGCCGUGCCAUCUGUCCUGUACACCCUACAGAACAACCUGCUGUAUGUGGCACUGUCCAACCUGGACGCUGCAACCUAUCAAGUGACCUAUCAGCUAAAGAUCCUGACCACAGCCCUGUUCAGUGUAGCCAUGCUGGGCAGGAGACUGGAGACAUCCAAAUGGGUGGCACUGGUGCUGCUCAUGACAGGUGUGGCACUAGUGCAGAUGCCAGCAGAGGCCAAGCCAGAAGCUAGUAAGACCCACUCCCUGGGCAGCCAGGUGGUGGGACUGUUAUCUGUGCUGACUGCCUGCUGCACCAGUGCUUUUGCUGGAGUCUACUUUGAAAAAAUCCUCAAGGGUUCCAGGCCGUCCCUUUGGGUCAGGAAUAUACAGCUAGGCCUGUUUGGUGCCAUAUUUGGGUUGUUUGCAGUGGUGAUGUCUGACUAUGAACUAGUGGUGGAGCUGGGCUUUCUGCAGGGAUACAACAGUAUAACAUGGACAGUUGUGUCAUUACAGGCUUUUGGGGGGUUGGUGAUAGCAGCAGUGAUAAAAUAUGCUGACAACAUCCUGAAAGGGUUUGCCACAUCCCUGUCCAUCAUCCUGUCCACUGUGAUGUCAUACUACAUCCUGGAUGACUUCAGGCCAUCCAGUCACUUCUUCAUUGGAGCUUCAAUAGUGAUUUGCGCGACCUUCCUGUACAGCAGAGAGGUCAAGGUCAGCAUCGCCCCCAUCAUUCCCUUGAUAGCCAAGGAGUCACAGCAAUAACAGAGAACGUACCUACCUGGAGAGGGAACAUUCAGCAUUGGAUUCAGGAAAGUCAGAGUUUGAAAAGACAUAAUUCUUCUAGCCUACCCUGUGACCUUUAUCAGUAUGUCAAGUCAAGGUCACCUAUGCAAGUUACAUGACUGCAACAAUACUGGUCAGUUUGAGGUCAGAGGCUAGAGUGUACAUACUCAACAUCUCUGACUUGUGCAAGUCAGAAAGGUACUACGUGUAGUACUAAAAUAAGUACAUUGUUGCCAACCUUCCUUAUCACUGGACCAGGAGUUUAUUUUUGUCAGUUUUCUUUACUAUAAUCCCCAAUUUAGCCAUUUUUGGUGUAGAAUUAACUUCUCUUGCAAAGAAACAUAAAAGUACACAGUUUACUGAUACAGUAUGUAUAUCUUUUGGUUCUAUAUUUAUUCACUCUAUGAUAUUGCUAUAUGCAGUUGUUGGAUUGUUUGCUUGUUACACAAGUAUAUGUGUAUUAAAAUUUGAUUUUGUUUCCCUUUUGCACAAACAGAAAACAGCAGACAGUGCAAUAUACUUGGAGAAGGCUAGAUUUUUUUUUUACAAUGUAGAUAAUUAGAGAUAGAAGGAAAACCAAUUCAGGUAAAGAUGUUAUUGUGGAGUAUCAAGGAGGCCCUAGAGGUGCCCAGAAACAAUGGGCUGUGCUUUUUGAAAAUUUGAUGUUUUUAGGCAAAAUUUUUCAGUCAAGGCCAUUAAAGAGUUAACAUAAAGGUCUGUUAUGAGACAGAGAAAAAACAUAAAGAGCUCACUAAGUUUGAGAUUACUAAUAUGCAAAAGUGGUCAAGAAUAUAUAGUGCUGGAAAGCUUUUAGAUUGCUGUUGUAAUUUUGUGUUUUUAACCAUUAUCUUUUAUACAGGAAGGGAGCUAAUGUUGCUACAGUGUUGCUUUGAAAACUGUUUUACUUGCCAAAUUCUUUUUUUAUUAGUAUUGUUUUUUGUCAAUACUAAAUAAAUGUCAUGUAUAUGUAUAUUUGGAGCUGUUAACAUUAUCUACCAAAUAUAAAUAAUACUGUACAUGUGCAGAUGUUGUACAUAGACUUAGUAGCAUUGCUGUUGAAAGAUGUAUUUUAGGUAUUUUUAAAAGGUGUAAUUAUUGUUGUCAGUUGUAGUUAAGACCUGUAGCUGUACAGUACAGUCUGUGUCAAAGAGCAAGCAGUGUUGUAGAAUAUAGCCAAAGUAUGUAGCGGCCCUGUUUUUCACAAUAACAGCAUAGCAGUCUUUUCUAUCAGAAGUAUUUAUUUUGCAGUAUCUCAUCUUAUGCUGGGGUCACAUUUUCAACCUGGGCCCGGCCUGCAGUCUUAUGGAGUAUAAAGUAUGAUAUGGAAGACAACAAACCACAAAAAAAAAUAUUAACUUUUGCGUAUAUUCUUGAUAUAAAUUGUUGAUUAUUCGUUAAUCGAAACAGCCCAGCCUGGCCCCGGUUUGGAAAUGUGACCUAGUGACAUUUACUAGCUAAAGGAUAAUUAGGGAAUCACUGUGGAACUUUCAACAAGAACAUAUCAUCACAUUUGUUGCUGGACUUUGAUUCUCACUAUAUUUCUUUUUUCAUCAGAAUUUCUUGAUCAUAAUAAAAUAAAGACAUCAAACCAGU